AUGUUCCAUGUAAGCCAAUUAAAGAAAUACUCAGCAGACAAGGAGGACGACUCCCAUAAUCAGCCCAGCUGCCCGCAAAUUGAAUUGACGAAGACGAAAGAGAAGGUGGCUGAAGCGAUCCUCAAUUACCGAGUUACGAGUACUGCAAAGCGCAAUCACAUGGAGUACUUGGUGAAAUGGAAGGGAUGCAGCAGUGAGGAAAAUACUUGGGAGCGGGUGACGAACCUUAAGGUGUUCCUACCUCUUGCUGAAGUUUACCAUGCUUCCCAUGCGCCGAGGAUGUCGCCAUCUCAGGUGGUGGAGAAUGUCAAGGGCCACCUGCGAACUCGACACCUUUGA